AUGGUUGUCAGAAACUCUCGCAUCACUUUUGUAUUAAACCAGCCUACAUAUGAAAGGUUUGGAUUAAUUGGAAAAAAGUAUGAAAAUGUUCAUUACAUUACAAUUCAACCUGAUGAGCGCGAUAAGCUGAAACUUAUAAGGAAAUGCGAAAACGUUGAAGGAUUACUUUAUUCGGAUGAUACUUCUUCUUUAGAAAAAUAUAUCAAGAAAUCAAGGCCUAGUCCAUGCCAAAUUGAUUACUGGACAGCUACAAAACCUCUUGAAUUUGAUGUAAAGCAAUUUGAAAAAGAAGAAACAUAUCCAGCAGAUUGGAAACUAAAAAUAUCAGACGCCAUUGACAACUCUUUAUUGACAAGGAAUCAACUCGAAGGAAGAGAUACAUAUAAACGAAUUAUUAUCAUUGGUUCUAUUAAAUUAUCAGCAUUAAAAGAUUGGAUCAUAAAUCUUGGCUCAGGAAGCUUUGUUUUGGUUACCAUCUGGGACUUUAGAGAUCAGAUAGCAUCAUUCAUAGGUAAUAAGCUUAAAAUGGACGGUUUUGGAGGAAGUGUUGAAUCUAUAGUCUUCGGUGACAAAGUUGCACGUCCUUUUAAGUUGCAAACCAUCGAAUAUAUAGAUGAAGAAUAA